UUAAAUAUAAUUAUUUACAAAUAUUGGAUUAGAAAUUUAGAAUUUAUUAUAAAAAUAUAGAAACUUUUGUACAAUUUGUCAUUUUGAAGUAUGUAAGCGAUUUCGCGCAUUUAUUAAGAAAUAUACGUAACAUUAAAUUGUCUAAUUGUUAUAAAAGUAUUUUUUGUCAAUUAAAAGCUUUUAUUAAAUAUGUUUGCGGAAUCUCUGUCCGAAUAUUUAGAAACUGUAACAGAAUAUAUAUUUGAUAAUGAUAAACUGGUAACCUAUAAAUGGUUAAGCAAAGAACUGGAAGUUCACGUCAAUGUAGCAAAACAAAUUCUAUGGGAAUUUUGGCAAAGAUACAAAAAGGAGAAAGAUUUUAAUUGCACUUUUUUGCUAAUCGGAAUUUUGCAUGAUGGUGGUAUGCGAGUUGAAAUUGUCAGAGAAAAAGAUCUAUUAACAGCAAAAGAAAAAUAUAGUAAAAUUAUUUCCGAGCAUAUUUAUAGCCUUCAAAAAGUUCUUCCUGAGAUACAACUGCUUGGGUUAACUGAAAAUGGAGAUAUUAAAUUCAGUGCCAUUAAAUGUAUUCAGAACAAUGAUCGUAAUGAUGAAGAGAUGCAUAUGUUCCGUUGGGGUAUCAUGUCAAGAGAAGUUGAAUCUGUUCCUCAAGAAAAAACACAAUCAAUAUCUGAACCAGUCAAAGAAAAAAAGAUACUGAGCCCAGAAGAGAAGCAAAUUGCUAAAAAGAAAAAUGCUGACAGAAAAGGUUUUGAUAGUUUGUUUGGGAAAGUCAAUAAUAAACAAAAAAGUCCACCUGUAUCGUCUAAUACAGAAACAAUGGGAGUGGAUGCUUCUAGUCAUACAAAAGAAAUAUCUAAAAAUAUUGGUGUUGGAAAAAAGAAAAAUAUAAAAAAGGGAGAAUCAAGUGGAUUUUUUCAACCAAAUAAGAAUCAUACAAAAACUACAGAUUUUUCAGAUAAAAAUAAAAGUUCAAAUUCUUUAGAUAAAGACAAAAGCACAAAUUCCUUAUCAGAAAAAAUUGUAGAAGAGAAAGUUAUUUCAAAAAGUAAUUCUAAACAAAAGCAGAAUGUAAGAGGGAAAAAACGUAAUCGUAGCAAAGACACCAAGAAUACUGUUAAAAAGAGAAAACGUAUUACAAUUCAGAGUGAUUCUAGUGGUUCAGAAUCUUCUGAUAAUGAACAAGGAUCAGAACUAGAUUUACCAUCUUCGCCUGAAAAUCCUCCUGCUUUUGUAAAGAAAUGUUCUGUUUCUCCACCACAAGUUAAACUUGAAAAUGGAAAACGUAAGGUUUUAAAAACAGUAGAUAAAACAUUUGAAGAAGAUGGUUUUCUUGUCACAAAAAAGGUACAUGUUUAUGAAAGUUGUUCUGAAGAAGAACCAGAAAUUGUAGAAGCAAAAAACCAAAAGAAGAUAGUGGCACCUGAAUCACUUUCAGAAAUCAAAAGAAAGAAAAACACUAAACAAACUACAUUGAUGAAUUUCUUUAAAAAGUCAUAGCAUACUUUAUUAUAUUGCAUGUUUUAUAAUUAUUAUACUUAGAAUACUUACUUUAGGUUAUUAGGAUAUUAACUAGAGUAAAAUAAUAUUUUAUGAUUCUGUUAUGAUAUACAGAAUACAAAUAAAAUUUUAUAUUUUAUAAAUCAUUAAUAUAAAAUUUAUUAAACGAAAGGAGUUUGAAUUUUAUCUUGAAAUUAUAAUUAUCUUCUAAGUCAGAUGAAAUAGAUAUACGUUCUCUUAUUAAGCACUGUUAUCAGAUAUGUUAUCAAAGAGAUGCCAAGUGCAUGUUACACCCUAAGUAUGAGUAAUGCUAUAUUGGUUGUUGAAAUAUAAGGUCUCUAAAUAACAAUUUAA